AUGGCCAUGGCGUCACGCUCCGGCAAGCGCGCCCGCACCGAGAGCGACGGCAAAGGCGGCGAGGAGGGCGAGCCCGUGGCGGUCGCUGCCGGCUUCGAGGCGCCCAUCUUUGGCGCGCGCGCCGUCGGCCAGGUCACCACGCUCGUGCUCGAGGGCGAGGACAGACCUCUGGCGUCGAGUUGCAUGGCGUCGCAAGCGAUCACGCGGACGGCUGGUACGAUACGACUGGGUCUCGGUGCUGCACGUCUCGUCGGCUGGGCGCGUGCGCACCGUUGCAACCUGCGAGGACUGCCGCGGUAUUUUCGUCAGCUGGGACGGCAGCGCAAAGUUUGUGGCGGACGCCGGCAACGCGACGACCGUCGGGUGGAGGUGGCGACGGGUGCUGUGACGACGCUCGCGGGUAGCAGCGAGGAAGGCGAUGCAGACGGCGUGGGCGGUGCGGCGCAGUUCAGCGAACCAUACAGCCUCGCCGUGAGCCUGGACGGCAGCGCGCUGUUUGUGGGAGACUGCGGCAACAACAAGAUCGGCGGGUGGAGGUGGCGACGGGUGCUGUGA